AUCCCUUGAUGGUCAAGACUCUAGUCCUCAGGGGACAUUAUUGACUCGGUUCACAAAAUCCGUGGAGAGUGCUGGAGGAAACCCACUAGCUCUGAAGCUAAUGGGUAGAGAACUUCGUGGGAAAGACAAGUAUCAUGACUCAGAACAUAAACUGAAAAUACGAACACAAAGUUUGAAUACGAAGAUCCUAGAUGUCUGGAAAUUUUAUAUUGAUCAACUUAAUAAGCAGCAAAAAGAUGCGUUCCUUGACAUUGUGUGGUUUUUCAAAUCAGAGGAUGAGUAUUUUGUUAGGAGUAUACUAGAUUCAGGAGAUCCUGACUCUAUUGAUGCUGUAAGUGAAGUAACGGAUCUCGCUAACAAGUUCCUAAUUACAAUCUCCGACAGCCGGGUACAGAUGAAUGAUCUGUUGCAGACACUCGGGAAGCACAUUUGUUCUGCGGGCAGACAUAAGCUGUCGGAAUCAAAAUAUAUCAUCAACAAGCUGGAAAAGCUCGAAGAAACUGACAGAGGUAUUUUCUUAGACCUGUCAAAAGUGUCGAAUAACAUCGUCUUGAAGCCGCGCACCUUCACCAGUUUGUCCAAUCUCCGAUACCUCAAGAUAUAUGAUUCUAAUGAUCCUCGAAAAUGUAAACAAGACUUCAAUUUAAACUUCCCUCAUGGGCUCAAGCUCCCUUUAAAAAAGCUUCGAUAUCUCCAUUGGGUAAAAUUUCCAUUGGAUGAACUUCCCUCAGACUUCUGGCCGGAUAAUCUUGUUGACCUUCGGCUUCCUCACAGCAAUAUUACACGUCUUUGGGAAGGUGUCAAGGACACGCCAAGGUUGAAGUGGGUGGAUCUAAGUCACUCGCGUAAGUUGGUCAGUUUAUCAGGAUUAUCAAAGGCUAAAUAUAUCCAAAGACUGAAUCUGGAAGGCUGCACAGUUUUGGAUAAAUUGCCAUCAGAGAUUCAAAAUAUGAAAUCUCUUGUUUUCCUUAAUAUGAGAGGAUGCAUACGUCUUUGGUCUCUUCCAAAAAUGAACUUGGUAUCCCUUAAGAUUCUUAUCCUCAGCGACUGCUCAAAUCUCAAGGAAUUUCAGGUUAUUUCCAAAAGUAUAGAAUUUCUACAUUUAGAUGGCACUGCAAUCAUCAAACUUCCUCCUACUAUCGAGAAUCUUCAAAAACUUGUUUUGCUAAACAUGAAAAACUGCAAAUCGCUGGAGUGUAUUCCCAACAGUCUCAGCAAGCUAAAAGAUCUUGAAGAGCUAAUACUUUCAGGUUGUUCAAGGCUACAGAAACUUCCAGAUGUCAAGCAUAGCAUGAAACAUAUCAAGAUCUUACGUCUUGAUGGAGUAGGAGCAAAAGAGAUGCCAAACAUAUCGACCUUCAUUAGAUUUGAAGGCCAAGCUUCUGGGUCGUAUUGCAAUCCGAGGGAAUGGCCACAUGGUGUUAAUGACAUUUCUUCACUAGGACGUCUAUGUUUAAGCGGAAAUUAUUUCGUUUGCCUGCAAGCUGACAUAUGUAAGCUCUAUAAUCUGAGAUGGCUAGAUGUGAAGCAGUGCAAGAAGCUGAGAUCUAUUCCAAUGCUUCCACCAAGAAUUCAGUAUUUUGAUGCUCAUGGGUGUGCGUCCUUGGAAAGAGUGUCAAAUCCUCUGGCGCUUCAAGUGUUAACAGGGCAUAUUCAUGCCACCUUUAAUUUCUCCAACUGCAACAAGCUUGAUCUAGACGCAAAGGAUAGUAUCAUCUCUUAUACUCGUUGGAGAAGCGAGCUAGCACUAGAUGCACUCUCUAGAUAUGAUGGGGGUUUUGCUUUGGAAGGUCUGAUUGUUACUUGCUUUCCUGGACGGGAAGUACCAGUAUGGUUCAGUUACCGAGCAUCUGCAUCAGUGUUAAAGCAAAAGCUACCUGCACACUGGUGCGACAAUAAGUUCACAGGGAUAGCUCUAUGUGCUGUUAUCUCUGCUGGAAACCAUGACCAUACGAGCCAUCUCUUGGUAAAAUGUGGUUGUGAGUUCAAGAAUGAAGACGGAUCACGUAUCAGCUUCAGUUUUAGUGUUGGAGGAUGGAACGAAGCAGGAAGCACACUAAUAAUGAUUGAGUCCUCUCAUGUCUUCAUUGGCUAUAUCAGUAGAAGGGAUAUCAAUAAACAUGGUGCUGGAAUUGGAGAGGGAUGUAACUGGACUGAAGCUUCCCUUGAGUUUCAAGUGACAGAUGGUACUAAAGAGUUAGCAGGUUGCAAGGUGUUGAAUUGCGGGUUUAGUUUGGUAUAUGCAUCUGAUGAAAAGAAUUAUGUACUUCCGGAGAGGGUUGAGAAGCCUAAACUGCUUUCUUCUGUUGGAGUUGAUCUACGGCUCAAGCAACUGGAGAAAGCGUUGUACUCUACGCCUGGAGAAACUCGUAUAAUUGGAGUUGUGGGGGAGCCAGGUAUUGGCAAAACAACUCUUGCAAAGGCUUUGUUUAAAAAGCGUGGGUGUGGGUUCCCACAAAACUUGUUCUUAAAGAUGUCAAGAGCUCACAGACCAGAGCGUUUGAGAAGGACGUUUCUGGUAAAUCUACUAAAGCCUGUGAAUCAAACCAUAAGCGGUGAGACAACACAUGAAAAUGUGAAGGAUAGCCUGCUUAAAGCUAAAUCUUUUAUCGUUCUCGAUGACGUGAGUGACAAGAAGCAGUUAGAGUUUCUCCUUGGCAACCUCAAGUGGAUCAAGAAGGGAAGCAAGAUUGUAAUUACUUCACGUAACAUGUCGUUCCUUGAGGGAUUUGCUCAUGAUACUUACAUGGUUCCAAAAUUGGACAACAGAGAGGCCUUUCAACUUUUUUGUUAUUAUGCAUUUGAUAAUCAGAUAUGUAGUCCCACAAGGACCUUCAUGAUACUGGCCAGAAUAAUUGUGGAUAAAAAUGGAGGCAACCCACAAGCUCUGAAGUUAUUGGGUAGUGAACUUCGUGGUAAAGACAAGACUCACUGGGAAAAUAAGAUGCAAACAUUGACACGCAUUGCGAAGAUCCAAGAAUUCAAGAGAUCAUAUAUGGAUCAACUCAAUCAACAACACAAAGAUGUGUUCCUAGACAUUAUAUGGUUUUUCAGAUCAGAGGAGGAGUGUCUAGUUAGAAGUCUAUUGGAUUCAGGAGAUUUGUAUUCUAUUAGUGAAGUCAGGAAUCUCACUGAUAGGUUCAUGACUGAUAUCUCUAACGGCCGUGUAGAUAUGGAUGGGGAAGUUUCUAUGUUCGCUAAGGACCAUGGUUCUCAUGGGCGGUAUACGCUGUUGAACUAUGAUGAUAUCAAUGAAAAGCUCAAGAAUAUGGGAAAUGUGGAAGCUAAUAAUGUGAGAGGUAUAUUUUUAGACCAGUCUGAAGUAACAAAAAGCAUUGCAUUGGAACGCAUGACCUUCACCAAUAUGAGCAAUCUUCGAUGCCUCAAGGUGUAUGAUUCUUGUUGUCCACGGCAGUGUAAAUCUGACAGUAAAUUAUACUUUCCGGAUGGGCUUGGUCUCCCAUUGGAAGAGAUCAGAUAUCUUCACUGGUUAAAAUUUCCACUGAUGGAACUUCCAUCAGAGUUUAAAACAGAAAAUCUUGUUGACCUUAGGCUUCCUUACAGCAAAAUUUCACAUGUUUGGGAAGGAAUCAAGGAGACACCACGGCUGAGGUGGGUAGAUCUAAGCCAUUCAAGUAAGUUGCUCAGCUUAUCGGCAUUAUCAAAGGCUGAAAAUCUUGAGAGAUUAAAUUUAGAAGGCUGCACGAGCUUGUAUGAGUUACCACUGGAGAUUCAGAACCUGAAGUGCCUCGUUUACCUAAAUAUGAGAGGGUGCAUACGUCUGCAGUGUCUUCCAAAGAUAACUUUAAUCUCUCUUAAAAUUCUCAUUCUCAGUGGAUGUCCAAGUCUAGACGAAUUUGAGUUAAUUUCUGAAAGUUUAGAAUUCUUGCAUUUAGAUGGAACUUCAAUCAAGACACUUCCACCGGCCAUAAGAAACCUCGGAAGACUUGUCAUGUUGAACAUGAGAAACUGCAAAAUGUUGGAGUUCCUGCCAGACUGUAUUUGCGAGUUGAAACUUUUGGAGGAGCUAAUUCUCUCUGGUUGUUCAAUGCUUAGGAACUUUCCCUAUAUCAAGCAGAGUCUGACACAUCUACAGAUAUUACUUUUUGAUGGGACAGGAGCAGAAGAGAUGCCACAAGUAUUAUACUUCACUAGUGUCAGUAGAGCAUCCUUACUUCAUCAUUUAUCUUUGAGCGGAAAUAAUUUCGUCAGCUUGCAAGCUGACAUCUCACAACUCCAUCACCUGAAAUGGCUUGAUGUGAAACACUGCAAGAAGCUAAGAUCGGUUCCAGUGCUUCCUCCAAGACUUGAAUACUUUGAUGCACAUGGUUGUGAUUCUUUGGAAAAAGUUGCAAAUCCGCUUACUCUUCCACUAGUGGCGACGGAGCAGAUACAUGCCACGUUCAUAUUUUCCAACUGCAGAAAGCUUCAUCAAGAGGCAAGGGAUAGUAUCAUCUCCUAUACUCGGCAGAAAAUUCAAUUAGUGCUAGAUGCACUUUCUCGAUACCAUGGGGGAAUUACCUCGGAAGCUUUGAUUGGAACUUGUUUUCCUGGUUGGGAAGUACCCGCAUGGUUUAGUCACCGAGCAUCUGGAUCAUUGUUGAACUCAAAGCUGCCUCCAUACUGUGACAACAGGUUUACUGGGAUAGUUCUAUGCGCUGUAAUCCAGUUUCCAUGUUACAAUAACCACUCUAAUCUCUCGGUGGAAUGUACCGGUGUAUUCAAGACUGAAGACGGAACUCAUAUUCCCUUUAGUUGCAGUAUUGGAGUUUGGAGCGAAUCAAGUAACAUGACGCAGAAAAUGGACUCAUCUCAUGUCUUUAUUGGCUAUGUUCGUAGACUGGAUGUCGACACACAAGAGGAAAUAUGCGCAUUUAAUGAAACCUCACUUGAGUUUCAAGUUACAGAUGGUACCGAAGAGGUAGUAGUAGGUUGUGAAGUAGUUAAGUGUGGCUUUGAUUUGGUACAUGUACCCGAUGAAAGAGAAAACAUAUUUGGGAUGCAUAAACUGUUGUCGACGUCCAGGGUGAAGCAUCAAAACUACUUGAAAAGUGUCGGAGUUAUAUAGUGAUAUCUAGAAUCAAUCAUACUCUCAUCUACCAUAAGGAACAUCUUGUGUAAGCUUGAAGACAGAGGCUCUGGCUAAAGCCUGUUAAGCAAAGGUCUUAGGGGCCAUAAUUGAUAUAUAUAUUUCGGGCGCCAAAGUGUAAUAGUUUAAUCACCUUAGCCUAUUGGUUUGUGUACAUGUUCU